AUGGAGAGCCGUUUCCUUUCACAGCGGCAUUUAGCAACCGUUGAGGCUGCUCGCAAUUUUGUUCGAGAUGACGGCGCAGAGGAGCGGCGUCCAUCCGCCAGCUCAUCCUUACUCAAACCAAGUGCUCAAUUGACCAUGGAUCGUUUUCUGCAGGACUUACCAAACGCCGAGGAACCGCCUGUUGACUUUACGCCGCAGUACCACACGGGUCGUGUCCCGAAUAGCAAGGCGGGAGAUGGCAAGCCACGACUGCUGCUCAUGGGACAGAGAAGGAGUGGCAAGUCUUCCAUAUCAAGUGUUGUCUUCCACAAGCUACCGCCAAGCGAGACGCUGUACCUCGAGACGACGUACAGGAUAAAGAAAGAGUCAAUGCACUCGUUCAUGGACUUUCAAGUAUGGGAUCUGCCAGGUCAUCUAGACUAUUUCGACCCAGCUUUCGAUACAGACAACAUCUUCGAGGAAAUCGGUGCUUUGAUAUGGGUCAUCGACGCCCAAGAUGAAUACCUUGAUGCAAUCGCGCGUCUGAACAUGACGAUCCUUAACCUACAGCAAUCGUACCCCAACAUCAACGUUGAAGUCUUUGUGCACAAGGUCGACGGCUUGUCAGACGACUUUCGUGGCGACACUUUCCGGGAUAUUAUCCAACGGGUACAAGAUGAACUUUCCGACCACGGCUACGAGCAGGCCCCCAUAUCCUUUUACCAAACAUCCAUCUACGACCAUUCCAUCUUCGAAGCUUUCAGCAAGGUAAUCCAAAAGCUCAUCCCGCAGCUUCCCACUCUCGAAGCACUCCUCAACAAUCUGUGUGGUGCCUGUAAUAUCGAAAAAGCUUACCUCUUCGACAUCAUGAGCAAGAUCUACAUCGCAACAGAUACUAGUCCUACCGACAUUGGCAGCUAUGAGAUAUGUUCUGACUACAUCGAUGUGGUCAUCGAUGUUAGUGAGAUCUAUGGCUGGGAUCGACCUGAUGAGGGUGAGGAUGAAAGCGAGACAGGGAACAACGAUGCUGAGAGCCUGAUUACGAUGGAGAAAAAGAACAGCAGGUACCUCUACUUGCGGGAGAUUAACAAGUAUCUCGCUCUAGUGUGCAUCAUGGGCCAGGACAACCCAGCAGAGAAGAAAGCUAUCAUCGACUACAACGUUGGUGUCUUCCAAGCAGGUCUUAAACAGGUCUUUCCCAAGAGUAGGGAUGCCUCGAUGAAGUAA